CUCUCACCGUUUAUCCUGUCUACGGCCCUCAGUUUUGCUGUUUGUUUAAAAAAAACAAUAAAACUGAGGAGAGCUAUAUGAAUAAUUUGUGGAGUAUUGCAGGAAACCACUUUAUGAAGUUGCUGGACUACAGGAAUUCACCAGCACAGUCACAUAGAAACUGAAAAGGGCUAGGACCAGGAAAUUCUGAGUGUGAUCAUGGAUUCCAGUCAGCAGUUCCCCAGUUUAGACGAGGAUUUAAUUUGUCCCAUUUGUCUCCAUUUCUUCACCGAACCAGUUACACUGGAUUGUGGACAUAACUUCUGCCGCUCCUGUAUCACCCAGAGUUGGGAAAAGAAGGAGAUAAACUCCUGCCCGGAAUGUAGACAGGAGUUCCCAGAAAGAAACCUCAGGGUAAAUCGGACCUUAGCGAGUCUGGCCGAGAAAGUCCGAACAUCAAGUCUGAAUCCACAAGAGAAGGAAAGUAAACGUCACUGUGAGAAACAUCAGGAAGAACUGAAGCUGUUUUGUGAAACUGAUAAGAAAUUGAUCUGUUUGAUUUGUAGAGAUUCCCGGGAACAUAGAGAGCACCGCUUCAUCCCGAUUAAAGAAACUGUUGACAUCUACAAGGAGAAAGUGAAGCGUUCCUUUGAUUCUCUAACAAAGAAAAAAACAGCCUUUACAGAAACUGAACUGAAACAGAAACGGAAGAUUUCCAAAAUGAGGAAACUAGUGAACAGUCUGCGCAGCCAUAUCAAAUCCGAGUUCACUAAAAUUCAUCAGUUCCUCAAUGAGAAAGAGCAGCGUUUACUCGGAGAUCUCAGGGAAGAAGAGGAGAAGGUUCUAGAAGCAAUGGAGAAAAAUCUUCAAGAAAUUCAGAAGAAUUUAAAUUCUAUUCAGGAGAAUCUCUCAAAGUUGCAGAAACAGAUGGAGCAGAAAGAUGAAGUGUUAUUUAUCGAGGAGGAAGCAUCUAGGAAGAGGAGGAUUAGUGAUGAAAGUCAUAAACUGUCAUUAGCAGAUGGUACUCUGAUGAUCGGAAAGUUCACUGGCCCUUUGCAGUACACAGCAUGGAGAGAAAUGAUUGAUGUCAUUAAACCUGUUCCAGCCUCUCUGACCCUGGAUCCAAACACAGCCCAUCCUGAUUUUGUCAUGAAUGAGGAGCGGACCAGUGUGAGACUCAGAGACAAUGACAGCUUUCUCGUUCGAACCCUAUACAAAUUGAAGAGGUUUGAUCCCUCCCUCAGUGUCAGGGGCUCAGACGGAUUCACCGCAGGAAAACAUUACUGGGAGGUCCAGGUGGGAGAUGGAAUUUGUUGGGCUGUGGGAGUGACCGAAGAGUCUACGCAGAGACAACAGGGAUACAUCCCGGACUCUGAGGCUGGAUUCUGGUACCUGUGGGGCGAUCGCUUCGGUCGUUAUUUUGUCGUUAGCUCCCCGUCACAGACCCCACUCCCCCUGACAGUAAGACCCUGGAAGAUUGGCGUGUUCCUGGACUGUGAGGGUGGACAGGUGUCAUUUUACAAUGCGGACAACAUGUCCCUUCUGCACAUUUUCACCCAGACUUUCACUAAGAGAAUCUUUCCCUUCUACCGACCAGGGCUUGACAAAAAACCUCUGAGAAUCUGUGGGAUGAAAAGUCACUGAUAGAUCCAUCCCAUAAUGUCACACUGGGUCUGAGCUUCCAGUCUUCAGAGUCAGAGACAGGACUUACCCAGAAAGUUAUACGUGACCCAUGAUCCCUGACCCUCUAACCCUUGAACCCCUGACUACAUCCCUGACCCAACUUCAAUUCCUGACAUUGGCUUCACCCUCAACCCUGGCUUCACCCUCUGACCACUGAUGAGGAGAUGAAGUGUUAGUGAGCUUUCCUGCUCCACCUUCAAUCUGAAGGCGGCGACUGCCUGAUAAGGACUGCCCCCUGUCUCCAAGCUCCCGUUAAUGGGCUUUAUUUCCAGGGUCUGGGAGGUCACCCUAUGUCAGCAUCACAUGAUGGCACCUUCUCCCCAGUGAAUACAGGACAGCUACCUCAGAUGUCAGGGUGGUCACCUCUCCCCUUGCCAUCAUUUCAGCUUGAGCUCACCUCUUAGCUUACCUAAAGCUGAGGGUCAUUUGUUAAUCCCUACCAGAUGCUUGUAUUGAUGAGAGGGGACAAGGUACUGUGCUACUAGUUUAGGGAUGGAAAUCUGAAUCAGGGAACCUGGACAUUUCUAGGUAGGGUGAGUUUUCUAGAGAGAGAAAGGAAAUAGUUUUUCUGCCGAGGUGGCCUCAAGCUAUGUCCCAUAAUUCCAUAAGGAUUGUAUAUUCAUUCUGGAAAUGUAUUAUUUAUUAAAGGAUCCAUUUCUUACACAGGGACUAGCUUCACAUAAAUGCUUAUUAAUAUACAAAUAUUCUUGUCAAUGUCUCAGAGACAAAAUCAGGGAUAUGAUGUAUUUUCUCUGUUUUUAUCUUAUCAGAAAAAGAAGUAUAACUAUCACUUUGCACAGAGUAAUGUCAUUGAAUAAUGUCAGGAAGAUGAUUUCUGCCAAUUAUUAUGUCAUCUCAGUUAUAUGAAUAUACAUACCAUUCAUAAUUUUAGUAUUGCUAAGCAGAAUCUUAGACACUACGUUAGCAAUAACGUAGUGUUAUGAGAAAAUUAUGUUUUCUUUCUUCUGCUUUCAAGGAGCAUAUUUUUAGUUUUGAAAAAGUGAAUCCCACUCACUGUAGCAAGGUUAUAUUUUUAAAGUUGUUUGGGAUCUUGAACAGCCAGGUUUAAAUAUUCAGUGAGAAGUCAGAACAUGUGACAUGUAGCUAGAGUGUGGUUCUGGAUAAGCACAGCAGGUCAGGCAGCAUCUGAGGAGCAGGAGAGUCAACAAUUU